AUGGCAUCACAUAAGAUUCACCUUCAACAAGUACUCUUUGUUAUGAGACAACAUCAACUACAUGCCAAAUUAUCCAAAUGUUGUUUUGCACAAACUGAGUUGGAGUAUUUAGGCCACAUCAUCACAGCUCAGGGUGUUUCAGCUGAUCCUGCAAAGAUUAGUUGCAUGACUUCUUGGCCAACUCCCACCACUAUCAAGGCACUAAAAGGAUUUUUGGGGCUAACUAGUUACUACAGGAAAUUUGUCAGAGGGUAUGGCAAUAUUAGUAAGCCACUGACUGAACUUCUAAAGAAAAAUUCUUUUCAUUGGUCUCCAGUUGCUGAGGAAGCAUUCAACAAACUAAAAGUGGCCAUUACAACUACUCCUGUGCUGGCACUUCCAGAUUUUUCUAAGAAAUUUAUCUUGGAAACAGAUGCUUCUGAGUCUGCAUUGGAGUUGUAUUGA